UAACCAUUGCAACAGGUGCCCUUUGAUAGAGUAUUUGUUUUCAUUAAAUUGCUACCGUGUAAUAUUGCCACUGACAGUCUCACGUUCACAGAUGGCAGCAAUGGAAGCCUCAUAUCGGAUCAUCUUUCUCUGGAUCUCUAUUGCUGUAUGUCAAAAUGGAGUCAGUGGUUUGGAUUUUUCAUACAACUCAUCGAGUGUUGGGCUCUGUGUACACACGAUUUUGGAUGCAACACUGACUCUAAACUUACAAAAGGAAGAAAAGACACGGAAUGUACCUCUAACAAAAGCAACAGUAUCGGCUGGAAGUUGCAAAGAGAGCAGCUCAGAAAUACAUGUAGAUCUCCAAGAUUCCCACUCCCUUUACAUCAGUUUUACAAAAGCAAACGAUGGAACUGUAUCUGUCUCCUACAAAAUUGUCUACAAAAGACAAGGGCAGACAUCUAUAAUUCUUGAGAGUGAGCCUGUGUCACUUUCCGGAGCAGACGAGGUUUAUAAAUGUAACGCCGUUGACACAGUUCUUCUACACGAUGACUCUAAUAACAAUUUUGGAACACUGUUCAUAUCCAAUGCUACAAUGCAAGGUUUCGGAAUUCAGAACGGGACAUUUUCCGAAAAAGUGAGGACAUGCUCAAUAGACAACACAAAUUCCACUAUGAAGCCCCAGACACUAAAUCAAAAUGAAGAUGUUACGAGUAAAAUUAACCUAUUUGCGUUGAGGGAUGCUGAUGGUAAUGUCUGCAUUAGACUUAGUGGGAAACUAGAGUUAGAAUAUCUGUAUGAGAAAAAAGAUGGUAACAAGACCAGUGUAACACUUAAGAUACCGAAUACUGCCAUUGUGAGUGGAUUUUGUGAUGAGGAGAAAUCUUUCCUGGUUUUGCGCUAUAAAGAGGGAGGCUCUAAUAGAGUCCUGGCUUUCUACUUCACCAACAAGGAAAAUCAAACAACUUUGGAAAACAUCGAGACUAUCAUCAAAUUAGACAAUGCAACAUUUCCGGACGCCAAACUUGCGAAUGAUGUUCUUAGAUCGUAUGGAAGAAUUGGUAUACGUCUGGGUUCAGGGGAAAGAUUCUACGGAUGUCAACACGAAAAGGAAUUCUUAGGAAACGACUUCAGUCUCAAAACAAGGCAUCUCAAAAUUCAAACAUCAAACUCUGGAGUUCCUGAAAAAUUUUCCGUAGCAAGAACUCAGUGUCCUGAAGACAGUGUAAAAAUGACGGAAACACAGCUGUUCUCUCUGAAGGACGGGAAUCAGAGUUGUCUGCUUCUCUCCGGUGCUUUCCGUAUGUCCAUUCCCUACGACUCAAGGGAAAACAAGACUGAGAAGCAGCUGGUAAAUGUCCCCUUUUCUACCUCUAUUGAUGUAUCAGGGAACUGUAGUUCAACGAAGAAACAGGAUAUGACGCUUUCCUUCUAUGACGACUGGAAAUUAAAGUUUGUAUUCGAAUCCACGUCUUCAAGUGGGUCAACCCCAGACAGCGCUAUUCUUGGUUAUCAACUAACCAAUAUAAACCUCACUUAUGUCCGAUCCCCUCUGGUCUUCUACAACCCAAAGGAAAAGUCUGCAGGUCAGGCUGUGUCUGUGUCCAGCAAGUCCUUCGAUUCUCCACUUAAGGCCAGAGCCAAAGGGAGCUAUAAAUGUGAUGAUACUAUCAAAGUAACAUUUACUGAUGAUGUUGUAUUAGAGGCCAAAAAUCUACGCUUCCAAGCUUUCCAGAAGAGCAAGUCCGAAAAAUUUUCUAAAGAUGUAAGGACGUGUAAUUCGCCCGCAAAGGAGGAAAAACGUUAUGCCGUUUAUAUCAUCAUUGCAUUGGCUAUCGUGGCCUUUAUUGCAAUUAUCAUCAUUGUUUUUGUUGUCUCGUUUAGGAAAAAACAACGAAGUUCCUAUGAGAAAAUGAAUUGAUAAGCGGGUAAUCCGAGGUGCCUCAGACUCUAACCCCUGCUUUUUAUAUUGUGACAUGUGCAGGGGACCCCUGCACAUUUCAUAAUAUAAAAAGCAGGGGUUAGAGUCAGAGGAAUCUCGGGUUAAUAAGGGAGGGAAAAUGUAUUUAUGGUCAUGUGUGACAAAGUCUCAAUUUUUUAUGCCUCCACAAUCAAAGAUUUGGAGGCAUACAUAUUUUUCCUGUCUAUCCGUCUGUCUGUCUGCAAAAACCUGGACCUUAUUAACUUUCGAUUUUAGUUGGAGCUAUGCCUUUCAUAUUUUCUCAGUAUAUAUUUCUAGAGACAAGACCAUUCUCGGGUAGCAACAUAUUUAACGUCUUAGCUAUGGAGUCUGAAUCAUUUUACAAAAAUUUUUUUUACUAAACUUUUGUUUUGGAAGAUUUGUGCUAGGGCUUUCAUAAUUCACAUGCUUAUUCUUUGCGACAGUUUGUUUUCAUAAGAUCAAUUUUUAUGCCGCUGUAAUCAAAGAUUCGAGGGAAUAUAGUUUUUGUCCUAGCUGUAAGUCUGUCUAUUCGUUUGGAAAACUUCAACCUUGCCCUUUACUUUUAUUGGUUGAAGCUGUGGUUUUCAUGUUUCACAAGUGUAUCUAUUCUUGGUGAAAAGAUCUUUCCUUGGGCAUAAAGAUAUUUAUCAUCAUCUUGACUUUGGCCCUGGAGUUUGACGCACUUUUGAAAAAAAAGCCAAACUUUAACCUUAGCCGCAUCUUUUGCAACAGUUGGUGCAGUAAAAUUUAACAUGUAUAUUUUUUCAGACAAGGCCUUUCCUUGGGUGAUGAAUAUUUUUUACCCAUUGAUCUUGAUUUUAAAGUUUGACUCAUUUUUAUAGAACUUUAACCUUGGUCAUAUCUUUUGAACAGAGUACUAGGUCAUGUAUAUUUUUCACAGCUGUAUUCCAUGUGACAAGAUCUUUUCCUGGGCAUCAUUAACUUUGACUUACUA